UUAAAUUAUAAUUUUGAUUUGAAAAAGAAGAAGAAAAUGCCUUUAUCUCAGGGCGGCUAUCAUACAAAACAUAAACGGGCCUUGAAGACCCGUCGAAAUGAUAUUCAACCGCAAGAAUCAUUGCAACAACAUCAUCUAUUGGCCCCAUCCACAUAUUUGGCCAAUCGCAAGAGAAGCAGUCCGAAUUCCAUGGAAUGUGCAACGUUUCGUCUGCUGGAAAAGGAAUCAUCGUUAUGCAACUAUUCACCAAGGGCAUUGGAUGAAUUAAUUGCAGCAGCCAGUCGACAAAAUGGUGAUGGUUCUUUACCCUUGGAUAAAUUGUCACCAUUAACCAGUCGUCUGACCCAACAUAUAAGACAAUUGGGUGAAGAUGGAGCACCGCAACAGCAACAACAACAACAACCUGCACCACCAUUACCACCACCAUUGGCCACACACAGUGUGGAGUCGCGAUACCAACAUUUGAGGCAACGUCAACAAAUGGUCGACAAUUGGACAGCUCAUACAUUGGGUCUAGAUCUAUCAAUGGGUAAUGGAGGAAUGGAGGAUGACGAUUCGGCACCGCAAUUAAGGGAUCUCUAUGCACCCACGCGAGAACAACUCUUGAGUGUGCCCAGUCCCAUAAUGUCCGAGGAUUAUGAUCCAUUGAUGUGUCCAUUGUGUAGGGAUAUAUUACGGUGUCCGGUGACAACCAAUUGUGGCCAUACAUUUUGCCGUCAAUGCUGCGAAACGAUAACUCAAUGCAACAUUUGUCAAGUAAAAUUUCCGGGAAAUGCCAGCAUAAUGGCGGCGGGUACUGCAGUUGCAGCAGCAGCGGGCACAACAACGACCACGACAUCGAGUGGCGGGGCAGGAACACGUUUCUUUGCGGGUCUAAGUUCAAGCGGAGCGGCGGGGGCGGCAGCAACGUCACCAUUCUUUCCCAGCUAUGCGCUGCAUCAUCAUCAGCGUCCAUUGCCGCCGUCACCAUCGCCGACGACAGUGACGACAACAACGGUGGCAUCCACCACGGCGACGGCGACAACGACAAUGGCUUCCACAUCGACAGCAGCGGCAUUGGCAGCUGCUAAUGGUUAUGGCCGUCCCAUGGGUAUAGCAAUGGUCGGCCAAGGUGCAGGUGCUGCAGGUUUGGGUGUGGGCGUUAAUGUCAGUGCGGCUGGUUCCUCGGCAUCGUCAAUGAAAUUCAUGCCCGAUGUCCUUGUACGAAAUUUGAUUGAGAAAUGGUGGGGCCAGGAGCUGCAGGCCAGAAAAAUUUGCGAAAAAGCCACCAGCUGUAUGCACGUGAAUCGGCUCGACGAUGCCCUCAAAUUCUGCAAUGCCAGCCUCGAGAAAGCACCAACAGAUUUUAAGAGUUUGGUUUUGCGAGCAGAAGUCCUAUUGAAAUUGAAUCAUUAUCAGAGCUCAUUGGCGGACAUUGAGAAUGCUCUUAGAACACGUUGCACUUCCCCAAAGGCUCACUAUCUGCGGGCUUUGGCUUUGAGUGGUUUGGGUAGACUGGAAGAGGCAUUAUAUAAUGGUUUUCUUGCCAUUUGCCUCGAUAAGAAUACAAAUCUCAGUAAUUCGGAAAUAUUUCAACAUGAUCUCUCCAAGAUACUGCAACGUCUCUUGGCACAAACGCCCAAAAGUAGAGGAUCACUGGAUGAUACUCUGCCGACAGUUAUGGUACCUCAGGCACGUCAUAACUAUCCAUCGACGAAAAUACUUUGGGAGCCAGUGCGUCGACGGAGAAAACAUCAUCAUCAUCACCAUCAUGUGCGUUUGGACGAUGUGGAGGAUGAAUUUGGUCAUUACAUCAUGUCGGGCGAUGAUGAGGAUGUGGAUGAGGAUGUCGAGGAUGUGGAGGAUGUCGAUCGAAGCCAAUUGAAUGGUGAUUUUCUGUUUCCCAGUGCAUUGGACUAUAUGGAACACGAUCAUCAUCAUCAUCAUCUGCAUCACAAUCAAAAGCAAUUCGAAUUGCAUGAAUCACCGCAGCAAAGGAGAGGCAAUCGUAAGCAUUGCAAAAGGAAAUGGUCCUCAUCCAAUCGGGAUGAGGAUGUGGAUCGAGAGGAACAGAAGGCAAAGGAGAGCCGUAGAUGUAACAGAUUGUUGGCUGGCGUUUUAGAACGUACGCGACAGGAGCUACAGCGACUGAGAAAGGUUAAUAGCGGGUCACCGCAGAGCUUGGCAACAGCUGUGCCCAGCCAGCUGAUAGAUGCCAGCGAUUUUGAUUGCGUCCUUUGUUGCCGGACUCUAUGGAAACCGGUGGUGACGCCCUGCGGACACACCUACUGUCUGGUAUGCUUGGAUCGUUGCAUGGAUUACAACUCCUCGUGUCCAUUGUGCAUGUCACCACUUGUGGAACUAAAUGUCAAUAAUAAUACACUGUAUCAGGGCUCAUCCUCGCCAGUACCCUUUGCACUGGCCAAGCGGCCAGUUACGAAAUUCCUAGAAGCCGCAAUGAAACGAUUCAUUCCAGACCACUACGAGGCGCGCUUCCGUCAGGAGAUCGAUCAGGAGCCAUCGGUGCCGGUGUUCAUAUGCACCGCCGCCUUCCCCUCGGUACCGUGUCCCCUAUUCGUCUGUGAUCCGCGCUAUCGCCUUAUGGUCCGGCGAGCACUCGAAUCUGGAGAGAAAACCUUUGGCAUUGUCCAGCCGCAUGGCGGUAAAUCGCGUUACUAUGAUGUUGGCACCAUACUGGAUAUCCGUGAUUGUGUCCUGCUCGGCGAUGGCUGCUCCAUACUAAGUACAAUUGGCUGCAAACGCUUCAAGAUACUCGCACGCAGCGAAAAGGAUGGCUAUGAGACAGCCAAAGUGGAAUACAUAUGCGAUGAGCCCAUUGCCAUGGAUCAGGUCAAAUCGUUGGCUGGCAUGCAAAGUUUGGUUAUGGCCAAGGCGACCGGUUGGUUCGAUAGUCUGAGUACAGAGCAAAAGCAUGAGAUCUUGCAGAGCUAUGGCCAGAUGCCACCCCUGGAAGCCAAUUGGGAGCGUAUAACCGAUGGUCCGGCAUGGGCCUGGUGGAUAAUAGCCUUGCUGCCGCUAUCGCAGCAAUUGAAGGUUGACAUAUUGGCAACCACCUCACUAAAGAAGCGUCUGAGGGCCAUUGAUAAGAUGCUCGACUGGCUGCUCGAUCUCAAUCAACCACAGCAGCAGCCGGCAAUGCAAUCAACCCAAUCACCACACGAGCAGCCGCACGAACUGAGCAAUCAUCAUCAUUUGGAGGCAUGCGAUGAUCAUUCCGAAUCGGAGGCAGCAGCAGCAGCUGCAGCCAAUGCCGAUGAAUGUUGCCUCUAUGCCGCCAAUGAGGGGCAGAGCGAUCCGCACACCGACGAGGAUCUGCUACUCUAGAUACAAAUCAUUAAAUAAAUAGUCUUAACUUUAAAAAUAAUAAUAAAACAA